CUCUGGCCAUUGUGGUCUUAACUUUGGCAGUCGGCAGUGUUAGCUGCUUUCCCGAAAAUCGUGUUGUAAACGGUACUGACACCGAUAUUACUGCAUAUCCUUUUAUGGUGUCGCUGCGUGGACGCUCGGGUUCCCAUUGGUGCGGCUCCACUAUCAUAGCACCCCGUUGGAUUCUAACAGCUGCCCACUGCGUUAGCGGACGUUUGGCUAGCGAUUUAACCAUUGAAUAUGCUUCUACUAACGUUAAUGUUAAUGGUACGAACGUUGUUGGCAUUAAGCGCUUUAUCAUACAUGAAGACUAUAAUGAAUCCCAGUCGUAUGCCAACGAUAUUGCCUUAUUGGAAUUAUACGGACGAUUGAUCUACAAUUACAAGACCCUUGCUCCAGUUACUUUGCCUGAAUCUUACUUUGAGAUAGAUCAAGUGGCAGCUGGUUCUCCAGGUGUAUUGGCUGGUUGGGGUUUUAAUGCGACUGAUGGUGUGGUUCAAACUCAUUUGCAAUCGGUCAAUUUGAAAAUCUAUUCCGAUGAUGAAUGCCAAAUUCGUCACAACUAUGCCACUACUGUCAAUCAAAUUUGCGGUGGAGUUGAUGAAGGCGGUAAAGGUCACUGUAACGGUGACUCUGGGGGACCUCUCUUAUACAAGGGCGCCGUACAAGUUGGCAUUGUCUCGUGGAGUGUGAAACCCUGUACUAUAGCUCCCUAUCCAGGUGUUUACACCAAGGUAUCUCAUUACAUCGAUUGGAUUAGGAAGCACAUUGAAUGAAGAAACACAUUGAAUUAGUAACAGUCACCAUGACUUGUGAGAUCAAUAGAGUCAAAUUUAGAACUUAAGUUAAUGAUUGAAAUAGUUUUCUAUUAAAAAACAUUGUAUUAUCACCAAGGUCUUAUUGUGUUUUUAGCACACACUUGUUCUUGUGUUGUAUAUUAUAAAUGAAA